AUGCUCCUGCCCAACUCUGAACUCACCACAGUCAGCAGAGGCAGCAGAGGCAAAAACAUUGAAUUUUUCCCUCCACUUCAUGCACUAGUUGGGCAUGAAGAUGACAUGCGAGAAGAGGAGCCUGAACUCGAUCGAGCUGAGGAUCGAGCUGCGGAUCGAGUCCAAGUGAAUGAGGAGUUGGGCGAGCCAGAUUGCUAUUAUUUUGAGGAGUAUGAAGCUCCAAGGAUGAACCCUUAUGUUGUGGCUGCUCACAAGAGGAUUGGACUUAACAAGUGGCAGGGGAAGGCUAUGAAGAAGAUGAAAAAGUCCAUGGAUAAGAUGGUGAGAAAGAUCAAGAGCCUAGAGAAGAAGGUGGCUGGUUCCUCAUCUAAGAAGAACAAGUCUUCUCUUACUUCUCCAUUCAUUAGAAGCCGCUCCCUCCUUACCACACCAAGGAGACUCCCAUCCCAAGACCCUCCCAGUGCCUCAUCAUUUGAACUAAUAGAAGCAAGAACCAGCACACAGAAGAGAAGGAAGAGUUCAAGAGCCCGACGCUCUAACUCGACCAGUGUACUCGAUCGACUUCAAACAGAGGAAAUUCCACUCGGUAGAGCUGAUGGUCGAGUUGACCUGGAGGAACCAGAAUUCGAGAACCCCGGGUUGGAGUAUGACCCCGCGCCCUACGAGGACUAUCAUCAGAGCAGCUGGAACCCUUACUACCAGUUUGAAAUGGCCAGGUUCCACCAAGGCCAAGGAAGCCACACACACUUUGACGAUGAAGAGGAGGAGCCGCAAGCUCGAUCGAGUUGCUCCGAGAUUUUCCCUUGGAACGCUCCAGAUGGUCGCCUACCUUCACCACCACAAGACCUUGCUUCCCAGUUCUUUGGGGAGCACUAA